GAGCAGUCUGAGCAUGCGCACUGAGCUGGCCUGGGAUGAGGAGACGCGGUCGGGCAGCAGAGGAUGGUAAAGAACCGUUUGGCAGCUCUGUUCAGUGGCUUUAACCGAAGAACGAUGAAAUUCUUGAUUGCACUCGCACUGCUCGCUUACGUAGCUUCUGUCUGGGGAAACUUUGUCACCAUGAGAUCAUUACAAGAAGAAGGAGAACAAAAAAUUGAGAGGAAAAUAGAAGAGGCUAUGAUGCCCUUGAAGGAAAAAAUUAGAGAAAUAGAAACAAGUAUGUUACAAAAAUAUCCUCCGGUAAAAUUCCUUUCUGAAAAGGAUCGCAAACGAAUUCUCAUAACUGGAGGUGCUGGAUUUGUAGGUUCUCAUCUUGCUGAUAAACUCAUGAUGGAUGGCCAUGAAGUAACUGUCGUUGACAACUUUUUCACAGGACGGAAAAGGAAUGUUGAACAUUGGAUUGGUCAUGAAAACUUUGAAUUAAUCAAUCAUGAUGUGGUGGAACCAUUAUAUAUUGAAGUGGAUCAGAUUUAUCAUCUGGCUUCACCAGCAUCUCCUCCAAAUUAUAUGUAUAAUCCAAUCAAGACACUGAAGACAAAUACGAUUGGGACAUUAAACAUGUUGGGAUUAGCAAAACGUGUUGGUGCACGCCUCCUAUUAGCAUCUACAUCUGAAGUAUAUGGAGAUCCAGAAGUUCAUCCACAACGUGAAGAUUACUGGGGUCAUGUAAAUCCAAUUGGACCAAGAGCCUGCUAUGAUGAGGGGAAGAGAGUGGCUGAAACAAUGUGUUAUGCCUAUAUGAAGCAGGAAGGAGUAGAAGUUCGGGUUGCUCGAAUAUUCAAUACAUUUGGUCCACGCAUGCAUAUGAAUGAUGGCAGAGUAGUGAGUAACUUUAUUCUACAGGCGCUCCAAGGAGAAGGACUGACAGUUUAUGGUUCAGGCUCUCAGACUAGAUCUUUCCAGUAUGUGAGUGACCUUGUGAAUGGAUUAGUGGUUUUGAUGAACAGCAAUGUCAGCAGUCCUGUUAAUGUGGGAAACCCAGAAGAACACACCAUUCUGGAAUUUGCCAAAUUAAUUCGGAGCCUUGUUGCAGGGAGCAGAAGUGAAAUUUUGUCACUUCCAGAAGCACAAGACGAUCCCCAACGACGAAAUCCAGAUAUCAGAAAAGCUAAAUUAUUGCUGGGAUGGGAGCCUGUGGUUCCCCUGGAAGAAGGCCUAAACAAAACAAUCGACUACUUCCGUAAAGAACUAGAAUAUCAGGCAAAUAAUCAAUAUAUCCCAAAACCGAAACCUGCUAAAACAAAGAAAGCCAGAGUGAGACACGCCUGAUGGACUGAAGGAGAUUAAGCCAUCAACACCCCAGGGAAUAGAAUGAAAAAUUAGUUAUUCAAGAACCUCCGAAAAAUAAUUAAAAUUGAACUCUAAUUUGUAGUUUGAGCUUGCUUCUACAGAUGGAUGUGCCUACAAAAAAAGAAGAAAAUUCAGAUCUUGCCUUGCACUUUUUAAUCUAUUUUAUUUAAAGUGGCAUUGCAUUCUUGGGUAGCUUUAUAUGUACUUAGUUUAUUUUGUUUGUCUUUGAACUAUUUUUUUCAUUGACAUGAAGGAUUUUACAUUUUAAAACCUGUUUGUAGUAGGCUUACUUAAAACAAGAGGUACUGCUUUAUUUUUACCAUGAUCAUGUGCAAUGAUUUUCAGUCAAUCUAACUGUGUGGUUAGGUGCAAUCAGUGGUUGAUCUUGACAUCUAAGUGGUUCCUCAUUCACAAACUUUGCUUGUUCCUUUUUAAGAGUUGUAAAAAUGUUCUAAAAUUAGGGGAUAUAUUUCUUUUUGUAAGAUCUAUUUGUUAUAUAAGAGUUUAAAAAGAAAGUAGUUGUCUCAAUCACUGCUACAUGGUGUAUGUGCUUGGAGGGAGAAGUGUGUGAAUUUGCGUACGUAUGUAUUUUAAGUGUUGAUUUAAAACAUGUUGGUGGGAUAUUUAAGCUAUUUUUUACAUGUAGAAUUACAAAAAAUUGUUAUUUGUAUGUCUUGUUUUGUGAGAUGUUUAUAUCGUCUUAAAGUUGUUAAAAUUGGAAAUGUCAAUUUACUUUUACCUAAAUAGUUCCCAAUUUAAAUGAAAAUUUAAAAACUCAUUGGUGAUUGUUGUCAUUCUUAUUUUUUUUCAACCAGUAAAUAAAACUGGGAAGAGAUGGCCUAGUCUCAGAUUUACAACCAAACAGAUGAUGAUGGCAACUUUCCAUGGGAUCCUCCACUUUCUUAAUUGGUUUAAUGUUCACAGUAGCUUGGAAUGCAGGGACUGAUCUACCUGGGUGUCUAUCAUCUUCCUGAAACCAAAUCUGUUUAUUUGAGUUCUAACUGUCAGAAAAGGACAAACACAGCCUCAAUCUUUAGAGAAACUAGAUUUAUUAAAAUAUGCUUAAAAUCACCUAAUUCAAAUUCCCAUCAUGAGAUCUGGUCAUUGUCAGAAUGCCUUUCAGGUCCAAAAUGAUUACGCUCAUGCUGCCCCAUAUUAAACUCCAUCCUAUUUAUAUUUCACUUAUAUUUCGCUGUUUCCCAUUUAUACAACUAACAAUGCCACCGAACUUAAUAUUAUAUCCAAACUUAGUUGUUUAUCUCUCACCUCCUUUCCCUUUUGACCAGCUUCCAAAGAGAAAGAAAGAUACUUUGUGCAGGUCCUUUGAAACACUAGUUUCAUCCAGACCAUUGUAGAAUGUUAUCUUUAUUUUUGCCAUCUUUUAUCCCUAUUGGCCAAUGAUGCACGAAUCUUCUUUGCAAUCUUGAAUAUUUGUGGUUUAAAUUAUUUUUAGGUACAUGUAUUUGGAAAUCAUAUUUAUAAACACAUGCUGUAGUCAGCUAAAAUGAAAAUUUCCUCCAGGUUAGGUAGUAUGACUUGCUCUUUGUUAACUUUCUAAUCAGAUGGUAAUUUAUAAAAUGGGACUAUCCAUUGGAUACACUUGAUAUCCCCACAAUUUGUAUGAAAUACAGGUCAAACUGUUGUUUUCUAAGAAUUUCAGCCUAAAUUUUUUCAAAUCUCAAAGCAUAUUCCCCAAAGUUGGACAACUUUGCAAAGUAAUAACUUAAGACAGCUGUAGUUUUCAUGGUUCAGAUUAUUGUUACAUGGAAGCUGUAUAUCCUUGUGUUAAAAGUUUGUAGCCUAUCUAUUGGACAUACCAGAAUGCUAUUUUAAUCAUUCAGAAACUCCUUUGACCAAAAUAUCUUGAAAGGAUUGAGUCUGAAUAUUUUCUUUUUACACUAUGUUUCAAUCAUUCUCCUUCGUAUGCUUAGUUAGAAAUUGUUUUAAUGUUUUGUUUAUCUAACACUUAUCAAAGCAAGGUUUAUUCAUGUUUUGUGAUGUUUAGUAGAAGUGCAGAAGCUGAAAUUUAUCAGUGCAGAUUUCUGGGUAAGAUAAGUACAGUAAAACUGUGAAACACUAAUGCACUCAGGAUUUUAGUAGUGUGGCAGCAGCAGUUUUUUCUGGAUUAUUAGUCAUUACUUCUAUUUUCACUUAACAUGUUUCAUCAUAGAGUAAUCAAUUUUCUGUCAGACUUAGUGAAUUUUAGACAAUAAAGAAUGUACAGUGAACACUCUGGACCCCAGCUCUGGCUGCACAAUCUUUCUGCUGUUUGUACUUUGGACUAUUAAGUGAACAUUAAGCCAAACCAUCAGGAUUUCUGAACAAUUAGAUAGUGGAUUAUCAGAGCUUUACUAUAUUGUGGAAAAAAAUGUCUGUCUUAAUCAUAUUUCAAAGCAGUGAAUACUUUGAGAGUAACUAUUGGCAUGUAAGAUUUAUGGCAAUAUAUAAACAUUAAUAUUUACACUACACAUGAAAUUGCUGUCCUGAAUUGAAUGCAGGGUAAUGUUGCAAUUGAUUGACAUUUAUACAUGGGUAUGAUGUGUUGGUGUCUAAGUUGAAGGGGUCUGUAUAUGUUGGUUUCAGCUCUAAGAUGAAUGAUUGAGUUGUAGGUUGACUGAGACUUGUUUUCAAUCCAUAGUGCCCCAAAUAAUGUGCCUUAACUGUAUUUUGAAAGUAUUAAUGGGAUUUUUUAAAACUAUUUCACAUUUGUGCUGCCUCUUUGAGUGAUAUUGGCAGGCUAAAUUGUUAAAAGUAAAUUUUAUGGGACUUGUACAACCAAAGGCACAUUUUUGUAAGUUUUGCCUAGACUUGAACACAAGUCCACAAUCAAAAGAUUGCUGUGUAGGUUUGUUGACAUAAACCUUUAAUAUACUAUAUUAACCUCCUAUUGUUUGAGUCACACUUUGAUGUGACCCUUUUAUUUUAAGUAAAUCCAAUUAAUGUCUUGUCUACUAUAAUCUAUUGUGAACAAGUCCCUACCAUGCCUCUUAUAAGGUGAAUAAUGGAAAGUUGGUGCUUGAAUUUUCUGUACAUGAAUUUUUGGAAUAGUUAAUAUUCCAAUUCUGUUUGGUUGUAAAUAAAUAAAGGUUUUGAAAUUUG